CCGCCCGCCCGUCGGUCAGUCCGCCUUGUAGCAUUGGAAGAGUGAUAUUAGCCCAAGAUGGCCAACUGCACGGUGAAGGAUGCUCACAACACCCAUGGCACCAAUCCCCGGUACCUGGUGGAGAAGAUCAUCCGGACUCGAAUUUACCAGUCUAGGUACUGGAAAGAGGAGUGUUCUGGGCUCACAGCUGAGCUUGUGGUGGAUAAAGCCAGGGAAUUGAAGUUCGUGGGGGGUGUCUAUGGCAGCAGUAUCAAGCCAACACCAUUCCUGUGCCUGACCUUGAAGAUGUUGCAGAUACAACCAGAGAAGGACAUCAUAGUUGAGUUCAUUAAAAAUGAAGAUUUCAGGUAUGUUCGCGUGUUGGGGGCCCUGUAUAUGAGGCUGACAGGCACUGCCACUGACUGCUACAACUACCUGGAACCCCUGUAUUAUGAUGGCCGGAAAAUUAAGAGCCGCAACCGGGAGGGAGAGUUUGAAGUCAAGCACGUGGAUGAGUUCAUCGAAGAAUUGCUCCACAGGGAGCGGGUAUGUGACAUUAUUCUGCCUCGGCUCCGCAGGAGCCCUGCGACGGAAGGAUCUGGGCAGCUGGAGCGUCGAACCAGCGCUGUGGAGGUGGAGGUGGAGAAUGUAGAGUCCGGUGAGGAGAAAGGGAAGGACGAAGACCAGAUGGAGAGGAACCCCGCCCCGGAUCAGGGCGGGAGAAGGGACGGGGACCUGGACAAGCCCGGUCCCGCCCCAAAGCUGAGCCACUGGCGAAGCCGGAACCGAUCUCCAAAGAGAAAACGCGGGUCUGCCAAAAGGACUUCAUCCCUUAGUCGAGAAAGACAUCGCAGCAAGAGGCCAAGACCCCACCCGAGGCGAUCCCGAUCCCGGAGCCUAUCGGGAGCCCCGAGCCGUUCCCGGAGCCGAUCCCGAUCCCGGAGCCGAUCCCGGUCAUGGGGCGGAUCCCGAUCCCGGUCCCGAUCCCGGAGCCGAUCCCGGUCAUGGGGCGGAUCCCGAUCCCGGUCCCGGUCCCGGAGCCGAUCCCGGUCAUGGGGCGGAUCCCGAUCCCGGUCCCGGUCCCGGAGCCGAUCCCGGUCAUGGGGCGGAUCCCGAUCCCGGUCCCGGUCCCGGAGUCGAUCCCGGUCAUGGGGCGGAUCCCGAUCCCGGUCCCGGAGUCGAUCCCGGUCCCGGAGAGGAUCCACAGCACAGAACCGAUGCCGAUUACGGAGUCGAUCCCGAGCCCGGCGCCACGGUUCCGGAUCAAAGUCUCCAGGCCAUCACAAGAGGCCCAGAAUCAAGAGCCACUCAAAGUACCCUGAAAGGUUGAAGAAAAGGAACAAGAAGAGUCGGCGACAGGAGUAAUGGACGCCUGACAAAGUCCCCCGGGGUGUGAAGGCGCCCGUCCCCCAGCCCACCACUGCAUCUUCUGCAGCUCUUCCCUAUCCCAUUUCUGACUUUUAAAAAAAACUGCUUAAGACGAGCCAUGUUGAGUUUUUUGUUUAUUUAGAAUUUUUCCCCCAAAUUACAUGCAAAAGCAAUUUUUAACAUCGAUUUAAAAAGACCUUGGGUUCCAAAUUCUUUUCCUCCAUCCCUCCCCGCGCCCCAAGAACGCAAGCAAUUCAAUAUGUUAUACAUGAACCGAAUAAAUUGUGAU